CGUUGCCGGAUUGCACAUGUGCGACUGAACCAAAGGCCACAGACGUGUCAGCUAUGGAGGGAGACAGAUGGUGUUGAUGGCUGAACAAAGGAAAGUCCUUCCGACAGAUUCUCAGUAAAAUCUGCGGACUCAUCAUUUCUGGAUUGAAGGAUCAUUAUCUCUUCAUCAUUAGCUGAGUCACGUUUCUCUGAGGCAGUCCCAACUCUUACUGCCUCUGGACACAUCCAGCCACUUCAAUAUGUGGGUGUUGAGUGUUGCACAUCAGCACAAGUUGCUCCUCGUUGGGACUAGAAGAUUGCACAAGUCUGCAUUAUUUUUACGAGUGGGCUGUUAUCAUGUCUCAGCCUCUGUCCUGCACCCACAGGACAGCAGCAUCAACCCUGUGGUGAGGAGACGACACAGUGUGAUAAAUACUUCCGGUGUCCAACACAAACCUGUUGUACCAGAUGGAAGGCGGGAUCAUAAAAGGUCAGUUCAGAGUAAAGUGCGGAAGAAUGAGACCCCAGUGCUGCAGAAACCAAGUAAGAGGAGGGGGGGGGACAGCAGAGUGUCAUCUGAACUCAGAAGACUGAGUCUGGAGGAUUUCCCCGAGCAGAAGGAGAGGAUGGAGGGUCAGAGGUCAACACUGGACUCCAAAGCUGAGAGCUAUGAGGUGCUGUUUGGCGUCGCUCCCUGUCUCUUGGCUCUCUCUCAGGGCAGAAGGAAGGCCCAGAGGCUGUUUGUAAAAGAUGGCGAGGCCUCUCACAGGGCGUCUGUGUUACAGGUGUGCGAGGAGGCUCAUCGGCAAGGAGUACAAGUCCAGCGGGUCAGUAAGAGGGAUCUGGACAAGAUGUCUUCUGGGCGAGUGCAUCAAGGAGUAUGUCUGCAAGCAAGUCCUCUGAGCUACCUCACAGAGGACAGAGACUCUGCACCCAGCAGAGGAGACGCCCCUCUCUGGCUCGUCUUGGAGAGAAUUCAGGACCCGAUGAAUCUUGGCGCCAUCCUGCGCUCGGCUUACUUCCUCGGUGUGGACAGAGUUGUCAGCAGUCUUCGCCACAGCUGUCCGUUGUCUCCAGUGGUCAGCAAGGCCAGCUCAGGCGUCAUGGAGGUGCUCGAGGUGUAUGGGUAUGAAGACCUUGAGGACAUGCUGGAGUUGAAGGUGGCUCAGGGCUGGCAGGUGGUUGGCACGGUGGGAGCUGAAGCACAGGAGUCCCAGAUUCCUGUCACCCAGUGUGCAGACUUUCACAUGACUAAACCCACGGUGUUGCUGAUGGGAGGUGAGGGGGAGGGACUGUCCCAGCAGCUGCUCUCUCUGUGCCAAACUCUCCUCACCAUCCCAGCUGGCAGAGAGUUGUUCCCAGGUAUAGAGUCUCUGAACGUCUCUGUAGCUACAGGCAUUCUGCUGCACUCCCUGCUGUCGUCCAGGAGCUCCACCACAUGAUGACCUCCAUAAACACCUGUCUGUACUCUGCAACAGAGGCAGGAAGGGAACUGACAAGUAGACAUGUUGAUGUAUGUGAAACUGAACACUUUACUGCAGUCUUCAGAUACGGCUUAAAAGGUCCAGUGUAUAGGAUGCAGGAGGACAUAUUGGCAGAUAUGGAAUAUGAUAAGUAUGUUUUCUUUAGUGUUUAAUAACCUUAAAAUAACAAUAAUUAAGCAAUAUCACACGAGAGGGAGUGAUGUUGUACUGUGAUAUCGUCACAGCUGUGAUUCGGUCGUAGGCACGAGGCCGCAUUCCUCACCGCUAGAUGCCACUAAAUCCCCUAAAUCUUACACACUGAACCUUUAAAGGACAAGGACGACAGUAUUCUGUAUUUGUCUCCUGAUAGUAAAUUCAAAUAAUGAAUGUAUCUACUAACAAGCACUGUGUGUGUGUCAGAGGCUGAUAUAUCCUCUUCCUCUGUGCUGUAGAACUCCAUUGUUGUCUAUUAAAACUAUUAAAACACACCAGAGAGCCACAGCAUAUACUCAUUACCAUGAAGGUACACACUUGAAAAUAUUUAGACUCAAUCCUGCAGACAUGUUCCUACUGCCACUAAUACCCCCUAGAGCACCAAAUGUGAAUUAAUCCGCUACUGAAAAUAGUCCCCAACAAAUGCACAGUUUCCUCCUGUUUGAGUAAUGUUUGAUAAAAAUGACAGUGCUCCGCAGUUUAAAUGAAACUAUAUAUUUGUGACACAACGUAUUAAAGGUAUACUAUGCAGGGUUGUUGGUUGAUGUUUGUAACAGUAAAAUCCAACCACAGAUUCACUCCUGUUUGGCAUUUGGCCUUUCUAUAUCUGUGUUUCAGUGCUGUGUCUCUUGGAUGUGUGCUGCUACCUUUUUAUAAAGUCCUGCCCUUACCUGAGUGCUGUGGGGUACAUGCCCUUACCUGAGUGCUGUGGGGGUACAUGCCCUUACCUGAGUGCUGUGGGGUACAUGCCCUUACCUGAGUGCUGUGGGCGUACACACCUGUAAACGUCCCAAACACAGAAAGUAAGACAAUAUAGGCAGAGGGCAGAGUUUAUUUGUUUCUUUUAGACAAAAUCCUGCCUAGCUUGUCUCUAUCUGACUUUCCGUCAGUGACUUAGGGACAUCUAGAGGUAUUGUGAGACAGACAAGACAUUCAGUCUCGAGCAGGAUUUGUUGACAGUAAGAUGAGUUUAGAAUAAGACUGUUCUUAUCCAUUAAAAUGUUGCACUGUUGCCUAAUUGGAAUAGUUAAAAUUAUCAUGUGUCUGAGUGUUUUUUCCAUUCUGUAUGAAAAACAAAUUCCAUGUACUCUGGGCUGUGUGCCCAUUAAAGUAAAGUUAAUGAGGUCUAAACAGCUGCAAAUUCUAUUUUUAAUAAAAUACACUUGAUCAUAUUGACUCUUGCACGUAUAUGUCAGGUUUUCUAUUUGUUUCUGUAACACACAC